UGCUUCGUUCUUCACCAAUUUCUUCGCAAAGAAGCCCCAAAAUUUUCUCAAUUUAUCCUCUGCCAUUCCCAAAAUACCCUCUUCCUUGUUCUAAUUGAUCCUUCCGAUCUCACAAGUUUCUUCAUCCACUUUCUCAGUUUCUCUUUUCGGUAUUUUUGCUUUUUUGGUUAAAAGUGAAGGAAUCAUGGAGCAUUACAAGAAAGAAGUGAGAGAGAUCGAGAUGCAUUUGAGCAAAAACCCUCGUGCCCAAGUUCCUCAGCACCACCAUAAUGAUCAUCAUCAUCAUCAUCAUCGCCAUGGCCACGCACAUGCCUAUGGCUAUGACCAUGCCCGUGUCCAUGCAAGGGAUAAUUUGAGCAAACUGAUCGAUCAUCUUCAAUCUGUGAGCAUCACUGAAGAACCCAACAACCCUUUUCUCCUUGAGAGAAAUCUCAGGGGUCUAUCUCCUAGAAACCCAAUAAGCCCUUUUAACGGUGAAAAUCACAAUGCGGGCUUCUCUUCUUCUUCAAUUUCCAAUUCAUCUUACCCCAAAAAAUUUGGUUUUGACCCUUAUUGGGAUUCCUACAAUUUGAACCUUUCAACUCAUCGAAGAUGUCAGAAUGAUGAGAGGUUUGAUUACGAAUUAAGGAAUAGGAGGGGAUUUGCAAAUAGGGGUUUGUAUGGUCCUGUGAACGAAAAUUCGGCUAUUUAUUUACUUGCGAAAGAUCAGCAAGGGUGUAAGUAUUUGCAGGAAAAGAUUCAUAAGGGGAAGGAUCAAGUGGAUUUGAUCUAUGAUGGGGUUUUUGGCCACAUGGGUGAGUUGAUGAUGGAUCCCUCCGGGAGCUCUUUGAUGCAGAAGUUGUUUGAAUUAUGUAGCGAGGAGCAGAAGACAAGGAUUGCACUUGCGCUCAAAGAAAACCCAGUAGCCUUCUUUGAAAUUUCUGUGGACGAGCAUGGGACCAUGUCUGUGCAGAAGUUGAUUGAGAAUUUCAAAACCCGUGAGCAAAGCACUCUGUUUAUGACAGCUCUUAAACCCUGGCUCCUUGAUCUCAUCAAAGACAUUAAUGGAAAUCACGUGAUAAAACAUUGCCUCAAAUCGCUUGUGCCAGAGGAUACUAAGUGCAUAUUUGAUGCUGCCAUAAAAUAUUGUAUUGAGAUCGCAACUGAUCGGCAUGGAUGCUGUGUCAUGCAAGGCUGCAUCAGUCACUCCUCUGGCGAUUAUCGGACAAAUUUGAUUGCAGAAAUCUGUUCCAAUGGAUUAAUGCUCGCCCAAGAUGCUUUUGGAAAUUACGUGGUCCAAUAUGUUAUAGGCUUGAAAUCUCAUUCGACAAACACAAUCUUGGCAUCUCAAUUUCAAGGACAUUAUGUGCAACUCUCUAUGCAGAAGUUUAGCAGCAAUGUGGUGGAAAAAUGUUUCAAGGAGUUUCAUGAAGAGCUUAAGGCUGCAAUAGUGUUUGAGAUGUUGGCAGCACCUGAGCUUGAGGAGUUGCUGCAGCACCCUUUUGCAAACUAUGUUAUCCAAUCUGCUCUAUCAAACACCAAGGGUGCAGCGUAUACUGCACUAGUUGAUGCCAUCCGCUAUCAUGCUGCAGUUCUACGAACCAGUCCAUAUUGCAAGCGAAUCCUCGCCCUCUUAAGAGGGAAGUCUCUUGCUUUCUGAGAUGGUAAGUAGCCAAUAUCAAUGUCCUGUGUCCAAUAACCUCUAAUUUUUGUCCCUUGUGCUCAGUACUACCAAGUUAAUUUAUCCUCAUUUAGCUAUAAAACUAUUCCAUGUUAAUUAUAAGAAGCAUAUUUCUAAAUACUUUUGGGUUUAGAGCUGUAUCCAUCAAACAAUUUUGCUGAGUAUGUGUAUUGGAUGUCAAUAUCACGUUUACUAUCUGUAUGCAUCCGAUGUUCCGGAGGUUGUAACACUGUACAGUAAAGACAUUACUUUUUAUGGGGGCUUUCUUUCUGUUAAAUUA